UGAUCCACCUCCACCUCAGGGUCCAGUAAGCGUAGAGAGGCGGUGAAAAGGAAGGGAGCCAGCAAAUCAGGUUCAGGCCAUUUCAGAAAUCGAUACCUUGAGGACGAGGAGACAGGACGAUUGCUUCACUUGAUACCGCGAAGUUGAUACAAGAAGACAUGGAUCAACAACAAAGUGUGGCCAACGAUAUAAACAAAAUUCUGAGAGGGGCUGAGUCCAUGUCAAACAAGCUCGAACAUCUGAGCAGUCGUGUACAACAUAUGGAGGAGGAGUUCCAAAAAGUUCAAAAAAAUCAACCUGAGUUUCCUCUUAUCUCAGAUGAGGAGCCCCAAGACAUAUGCUUACCUAACUACCAAAACUUUUAUCUACCUAACUUCCCUGAGAAUUUUAAAGAUGUUAAAGUCUUUCGUAAGUGGAAGAAGUGUGUAGAUUCGUGUUUUGAGGGUCGUGAAAUCCCAUACGAAAUACAAGGACAACUUGUAGCCGAGACAUUCCCAAAGAAUUUCCCAUGGUGGGAACAAAUCCAAAAGCUAAGCCAGCGAAUCGAUAACAAUGAUAAGAUUACGUGGAGAGAGAUUAAGAAGAUGUUUAUCGUUCAAUUUUUUUCUUCAGAUUGUUUGGUUUCCAACAAGGACACGGUUGUCUCCUCCUCCUAAGAAUGACUAACCAUAUUAUACUUUUGAUUUGGUUGCAACUAGUUAGCAUUCAAAACUACUCAACAAUGUAAGGGGUGUUUGGUUCAAACUUUCUUUUUGACUGUUUUGGAAUUUAGCAAAUGAAAAUAUGAAAUGGAAUUGCAUGUAUUUGGAAUUUAAGGAAAUUAAAAUCCUUUUGCUUGUUUG